AUGGCAGUCAUCAACGCAGGACUCUCUGGAAAUCAACUCACGAGCUCUGACAACCGAAACUUUAGCCAACUUGGCGGGGUACGUAUUCCUGAUUUCAUGCUUGGUGAAGCCGGACUUGUACACUAUGAAUGGGAUUUGGCCUCGCAAUCCGGAGCAACGGAUCUCAUCUUACACAUUGGCUCGAACGAUUUGCGGGCGGGUGUCAAUGCUGCAUCCAUUAUCGACGGGUUCAAGCAAAUCGUCCAUAAUGCAAGAAUGCAUUACCAAAAGGUUUUCGGAACUACGAUCCUACCAGGCGGGUACACAGAAGAACAAAAUGAGCAACGGAAGAUUGUCAACGCCUGGGUGUCCGGAGAGCGAAGCCAGUUGUUCGACGCUACCUUCGACAUGGCAUCCACUUUACCCGCCCAGACAGAUGAAGCCAAGCUAGACCCGGCAUAUGACAGUGGAGAUGGGAUUCACCCUAACAAUAAUGGGUACGAGAGGAUGGCCAAUGCUAUUGAUAUCGCAAAGCUAUCAGGCAGCGACCUUUUCUAG